AUGUUUUCGGCUAGGCGAAAUAUGGGUGCUGGUAGUAUAAUGAUAUGGGCGGCCUUUCGUCCCAAUGGAACAAGCGAUAUUUGCUUUAUUGACACCAGAUUGAAUGCAAACGGGUAUCGAAAGGUAUUAGAAAAUCAUUUGGUGAAUAUUGGCACCACGUUUGGCGUAGAUGAUUGGCUUUUCCAGCAAGAUAAUGCCCCAAUUCAUCAAGCAAAGGCUAAUUUACCAUGGUUCAGAGCCAAAAAAAUUAAAUUAUUAGAGUUUCGCCAGAAUUAA